UUAAAUUUGACGAAAAUGGCAGUGGCAAAUCUUUUGCGACGAAGAUGCUGCGCUUCUCUUCCUUUGCUUCUAGGAACCGUCGUCCUAGUUUUAGGGUUUUGUUCUUCACAUGUUUCCUUAGCAUUGGCAGCAGCAGGGUCUAAGGUGGAGUAUCUCCCAGGGUUUCGUCACGAAGGUCCUCUUCCAUUUGAACUUGAAACCGGUUAUAUCGGUGUCGGAGAAUCGGAGGAUAUCCAACUUUUUUACUAUUUUGUAAAAUCAGAAUCAAAUCACAGUGUUGAUCCUAUCGUGCUUUGGAUCUCUGGUGGCCCGGGUUGCUCUUCUUUGUACGCCCUAACUCAAGAAUUGGGACCAUUGUUAUUUGAUCUACCGAAGAAUAACAGCGCCUUACCUACACUAUCGUUGAAUCCUUACUCAUGGACAAAGGUUGCAAGUUUUAUUUUCCUAGACUUACCCGUAGGAACAGGAUUUUCAUAUGUUAAAAGUUCCAAAAAUUAUACUUCAAAUAGUGAAGAAACAAGUGAUCAUGGAGCUGAAUUUCUUCGCAAGUGGUUAGCAGAUCAUCCUGAAUAUCCAUCUAACUCGUUCUAUGUUGGUGGGGACUCAUUUUCUGGUGUCACUGUUCCAAUGGUUGUUAAUGCAAUAUCAUAUGGGAUUAAUCUAGGACUUAAUCCACAAAUUGAUCUUAAGGGUUACUUCGUUGGUAAUGCGUUCACAUAUCCAAUCAGUUAUAUUGUCCAAAUGAUUCGCGGAUUUGGUCUUAUUCCAGAUGAAAUGUAUAAGUCAUACCAGGAAUGUGGAGGGAAUCUCAUUUGUCUGUUGAACUUCCUUAAAAUCGGACAGUUGACUUUAGUAAAUUUUCCGCAACAUAUUUUAGAGACAAAUUGUAUUGCGCGGAACGAAAUUGGUGCCUCAUAUGGACAAAGCUCUGUUGCUAAAAGGUUCCGUGGCUUCAAUGUACAUGCCUUGGAUCCUUAUUUCUUAUGUAAGGGUGCGCAACUCAUAUCUCAGUGGGCUAAUGACGGUAGCGUUCAAGAGGCCCUCCAUGUACGGAAGGGAAGCAUUGAAGAGUGGGUGCAAUGCAGAGAUGAUUUGCCAUUCAACAGAACUGUGCUCGACAGCAGACCAUAUUAUGCAAUCCUUAGCAUGCAAGGUUACAGAUCUCUAAUAUACAGUGGAGAUCAUGAUUUGUUUGUAUGCUCACUUUCAACUGAAGCAUGGACAAAGUCAUUGGGUUAUUCUAUAAUUGAUGAUUGGCGACCAUGGUUUCUGAACAACCAAAUUGUUGGCUAUACAAGAACCUUCUCUAACAACAUGACAUAUGCCAAAAUCAAGGGAUCGGGCCACAUUGCUCCAGUAUACACGCCCCUUGAAUGCUUCAUCAUGUUUAAAAGAUGGAUAUCGUAUGAAAAACUUUAAAAUUUGUUUAACUGUGGUAAAAUAUAUCUUUGUUAAAAGUAUGUUUUAAAUAAAUAAAAAUUGUUGUACUAGAGUUCUAUUUUGGAA